AUCUCUGUCGGGGACACGGUACAGCCAGGACGCCGAGGUCGGCCGAGCUCUGAAACACUUUCUGAAGACAGCACCGGGCAGAGAUCCCAGAUACUGUCACCUAACCACAGAGGUGCAUCUUGCUUCUAGCUGCCUCAUGACCCGGCGCAAAGAAAGAGCCAUCAGCACCCUGGACAGCGCCUACCAUCUCCGGUGGUGAGGACCGGCUGAAGUCCGCGGUGGCCGUUCUGUUACAUUCUCCAGGUUCCUGGGCACUCAGGAGUUUGUUUAAUCGCGACAUUGGAAAGUGUGGAUAACAGUUGAAACGCGAUCUAUUUGCACGGAUUCGGAUUCGUUGUGAAAAGUUUGGAUCAUUCCAGAGCACGGAGGGGAGGCUGCGCUUGGUUUUCUUUGUUGACCGGGGAGGAAUGAUGACCGGAGCAGCAUGUGCACCAGCCGUCAGAUCAUCGGAAGCCUCUUGGUGCUGUCUGUGCUGGAGAUAGGACUGGGCUUGUCCAGUGUGGCCGUAGGAGCCGUCAGUUUCAUCCGGGUCAGGAUGGUGGAGAAGCCGCAGCUGGGAGACUCUUCUCCGUUUCUCAUUUGUGGAAUAUGUGGAAUCUUUUGCGCCAAAAAGAAAUCUGGACUUAUCAUGAUUCUGUUUUCUGCCUGCUGUAUCUGUGGUCUGAUUGGAGGAAUAUUAAACAUCCAGUUCCUUCGUGCCCUGACCAAGAGAUCUUCGUCACUUUAUUCUUUGCACCUUGCGUCCAUAACCCUGGCAUGCAUUGGAAUAAGUGGCUGCACCAUUUCCUCAUGGCUAACCUGCCGCCUAGCCAGCUAUGAACAGCGGAGAAUGUUCUUAGAAAGGGAACAUUCACUUCAUCACUCCCACGAAAUGACAGAAAAGGAAACUGCUGAAAAUGGAGGAGCUCAGCAUGUUUUUAAUGGAAGACUUUAACACUUUAUUUCGGCCGGUCUCGUAUUCACCAUAAAUGUAUCUGCAAAUCUCCAGUAUUUCCAUUUCUUAGCGCUUUGCGUUUCCAUCACUCCAAUUUACAAGAAGCAGUACUGAAAUAAGAAAGACUUCUUUUCCUAAAGACUUAAGAAUUUAGAAUUCUAUUUGCAAAGCAUGUUAAGCUAACCAGACUCUCCCCUGG